CAUCUCUGAAAAGGACAAUAUCAGAACCUCUCGAUCGACGCGAUUUCGCAGUGCGCGCCGCAAUGGACUCACUGGAUUCUCUGGAUAAUGAUUUAAAGAAGAUGGCAGGGCGCAUGAAGUCGGAGACCAACAGAAAUACAGCGAGCAGUGGCGCACUCCAGAUCAAUGCCCCGGUAGUUCGCAACCACCGUGAGGUUGGGUUCGAGACGAAGAUUGAGACGACGACCAACUAUGUUACUAUUCACGACCUUCAUGUGCAUUAUUCUGCAAGUAUACGUACCGAGUCUUCAUUGAGGAGUGGGGCUACUGUACCUGCGGUAACCUCGGGCACCAGCUCUACCAACACGCGUGCAUUUCCUAUCGCGCCAGAACCCGUCCGCCCAUCCACUCCCCUUGAGCCGUAUAUAAAGAUAUUUUCUCGCACUGAAGGCGAGUGGAGCAAAGCAUGCGCCAAGCUCAGUCCCGAUCUUGACGGUAACUGGAUGUCUAAAAGAAUCGUGGGGCGCUUCGACCUCAAGCUUUGUCCAGACGAGACUACAAAGGAAGUAGAAUAUCAGGGACGCCUUUUGGUUUCGUGUGGUGUGGUUGAACUGUCCUGCUCUCCGGAAUCCUGCCGCCAUCGCUUCCAUGUUUUUCGACAUGCUCCAUUCGAUAUCUUGCUUGGAAAAGAAUUCGCAUAGCACAAUGAGGAGGAUAAUGAUUGACAACAGGGUGGCAGUAUCCAAAAGGGGAGUUGGAGGCAAGAGCUUAGGUCAAACGAGUUCUAAGGUCCCGGCUCCGUGUAUGUUCCACGGUACUGAGAAGUCGGUAUUGUUAGCUGGUCGGAUUAAUAACUACCGGUAAGAGGUAUUAAUCGGGGCUUCUCUGGCGUGCUAACUGGUACUGUAAGUGAACGCGUGUGGAGUUUGGUUUUGGCCUUUCGGAGGGGCAUCAGGCACGUUUCUCAUGGGUUUCUUCAGGGUGUGGUACUGCUCCUAGCCGUCGAUAAUACCGCCACGCAGUGACCACACUACUCCGUAAACUGUGUGCUACCGAAUUUCCGUUUAUAAUUUAGCGCCAUCUAUCGGGUAUAGCGCUGUUUUCCCCGUUUUCAACCCUGA